CACCACUUGGACACAAUUCGUUCUGACCAUCUGCACGAGCACCUACCUCCGAGCAGCAUACCAACGGAACACCGUCGUCGUCUUCUUCAUCAGAAAACCACCGAUUCAAUAUCACCAUCAACAUGAAGGUCUUGUGUGUUACAUUGCUUUUGGUCGCUGCGGCGUUCGCUGAAAACAAGCCGAUGAAACGUAGCUACGGCUAUGGAUCUGCUGCCUCAUCUCUGGGAUACGGAGCUGGUUUAGGAUACGGAUCUGCUUUUGGAUACAAAUCGUACCCAUCAUCUUAUUCAGCUUACUCAGGUGCAUACCCAGCAGCGUCUUACUCAUCUUACCCAGGCUCUUACUCGGCCUACUCUGGUGCCUACCCAACAUCUUACUCAGCCAGCUCUGCUGCCUUCCCAGCAUCUUACUCAACUUACUCGGCUGCAUCCUCCGCUGCCCUCCCAGCAUCUUACUCUGCUGCCUACCCAGCAUCUUACUCCUCUGCCUACCCAGCAUCUUACUCCACACACUCUGCUGCCUACCCAGCAUCUUACUCAACCUACUCGGCUGCAUCCCCGGCUGCCUCUUUCUACAGUGCCUCCCCAGCAUCAUACUCUGGCGUCGUCCCAUCGUCGUACUCUGCAUACUCUGGAGCAUCUCCUUUGGCAUAUUCUGCCAACUCUGCUGCUGCUCAAGUAUUGUCCGGAACCAACGCUGGAUUCGUAUCAAGCACUGUGGCACCAAAAGCUGUAUCUUAUGGCGCAACCGAAUACCUGGGAUCUCAGACUUUCAACUUAAAAAAAUAGACAACGAAAAAAUACUUAUGAAACGAAAAUAUAACAAUGCAAAUCAAUAAAUAA